AUGUCUCGUCCAGAAGUAAUUGCUGCGCGAUUCUUGUCUUUUGAUCAAAUGUACAACUAUGAGAGGCGGCUGCAGAGUUUUAGCGACUGGCCUUUCCGCGAGGACUGCCAGUGCACACCUGAGCUGAUGGCGAAGGCAGGUUUCGUCCACUGCCCGAGUGAGAACGAGCCCGACGUGGCCUGCUGUUUCUACUGCCUUAAAGAGCUGGAAGGCUGGGAGCCUCAAGAUGCGCCCUGGGCUGAGCAUGCCAAGCGCUCUCCAGACUGCGCGUUUCUGCAGAUGAAAUCCUACGAUGAACUUACUGCCAUUGAGUUCUUCCGUCUGGAGCACGGAAGAAUUCGCAACUACUUGAGGAAAAUGGCACACAUGAAGAUUGCACGCUUCCGUGAUGAAGUGGAAAACACCAUCAAAAGUCUACAGAUUUUUCUUGAUAUCUUGCCGUAACUUUGUCUGUCUUUUAACAAAUGUUUACAUUUCCAAUAGUGCCUUAAAUAAAACAAAAUGGACCGCACAC